GUGGUUUGUACGCUUUUCGCUUUGCUGGAUUUUUCGUCUAUGUCUCCAACACAACUUCAAAAGAGAACGGAAUACUCUGUUUCCAUGAAUUACAGACUGUUAGCGGUACACCUCUAGAAGAUCAGAGGAUCAACUGUUCCGUGUAUGGACGAUAUGUUAUAUACUACAAUGAACGUCGCAGACCAGAUGUUGUUUAUCCUACUUACUACUCUCAGUAUGCAUUCAACGAACUUUGUGAAGUGGAGGUUUAUGGGUGCCCUGUUCCUGGAUAUUAUGGAGACUUUUGCAACCAGACAUGUCCAAUUACGUGUCAGGGACAGCAGUGUGACGCCGUGACAGGGCAAUGUGUAAAGAGAUGUUUAUCAGGAUAUACUGGUUUGCACUGUAAUUAUAAAAACUUAGCAUUACGGAAACCUGCCUGGCAGAUGGCUAAUUACUCGGGAGCUUGGCCAUGGGGAGCAGACAAGGCUGUGGAUGGGAAUUAUACUGAUCGCGGAGCUACGGGCAACCGGUGUACAAUAUCAGCAGUUGAGCAAGUUACAGCAGAAUGGAGAGUAGAUCUAGAGAGUGUGGUCAGCAUCAGUUACAUCAACAUCUUCUAUAGAACGGAUAAUCUACCAAGUCCUGGGCCUUACUAUCAUCGCUUUGCUGGAUAUUUUGUGUACGUUUCAAACACUACCCAAAGAGAGGAUGGCUAUCUUUGUUUCCAUGAAAUACAACAAGUAGACAGAACACCGACUGAGAAUCAGACUAUUAGUUGCCCUGUACAUGGACGUUACGUCAUAUUCUACAAUGAACGUAGACAGGAUGUGACGUAUCCUAGUUUUUAUUCUCAGUAUGUCUAUAAUGAAUUAUGCGAGGUGGAGGUUUACGGAUGCCCUGUCCAAAGAUAUUAUGGGGAGAAUUGUGACCUACCAUGUCCAGAAAAUUGUCAGGAACAGAGAUGUUCCAUCACUACAGGAGAAUGCCUAGGCUGUGUACCGGGAUAUAAAGGUCCUAGAUGUAGUCAAGCCUGCGAAAAGGAAACAUAUGGACUGGAGUGUUUAUCCUUGUGUGGAAAUUGUAGUGACUCAGGGGAAUGUGACAAUGUUAAUGGCACGUGUCUCAAUGGUUGUAAAGAGGGAGCACAAGGGGACAAAUGUCAGACACAAUGUCAAUUGGGACGUUUUGGAGAGAGUUGCCUACAGAACUGCAGUAGUCAUUGUUAUGUGUCAAGCCAUUGCAACAGGUUUAAUGGUGAAUGUUUAGGAGGUUGUGAUCAUGGAUGGAAAAAUCUCGAUUGUAAGCAAGAAUGUGACGAUGGAAAGUUUGGAUAUAACUGCAAUCAAAGCUGUGGGCGUUGUUCUGAUGGGUUACAGUGUGACAAAAUUAAUGGAACGUGUUUAAAUGGUUGUUCUCCCGGAUUCAGUGGAAAUCUCUGUGACAUAGUAUGCCCUCCUGGAUUCUUUGGAACUCACUGUCUAGGAGUUGUAUGACUUACUGUGGAGGAAACAGAACAUGUGACCCCAUUACUGGUGUGUGUGAUAAUGGAUGCAUAGAAGGACUCAAUGGAGCUCUAUGUAAUGAAGAAAAGCCAAUCUCCAAUCUUCCUACAUGUAACAGUGACAAAGCCAGUAUCAUUAUUGGAGUUAUAAUCUCUGUUGUCAUUGUUUUCAUCGGAAGUUUAAUCAAUUUCAUACUGUGGAAGAGGAAUCAAA